UCUUUCUUGCUCACUUGCUGUGAGCUUGCUUGUGUGAUCAUGUCUGGUCGCGGCAAAGGCGGGAAGGGUCUUGGGAAAGGCGGCGCUAAGCGCCACCGCAAGGUGCUGCGCGACAACAUUCAGGGUAUCACAAAGCCUGCCAUUCGGCGUCUGGCUCGGCGUGGCGGUGUCAAGCGAAUCUCGGGCCUCAUUUAUGAGGAGACCCGUGGGGUGCUUAAGGUCUUCCUGGAGAAUGUGAUCCGCGACGCCGUCACCUACACCGAGCACGCCAAGCGCAAGACGGUUACUGCCAUGGACGUGGUCUACGCGCUCAAGCGCCAGGGGCGCACUCUUUACGGCUUCGGCGGCUAAAGUUUUUAUCUGACCCUUCUGAGUCUAUUUUCCAAAGGCCCUUUUCAGGGCCGCCCAACUGGUCAAAAGAAGAGCUGUAAUGAUGAGGCAUAAUAUAAGGACUCGAGCAAUUAAGGAUUUGGUAGCCCUAGCUCACAGUGAGGAAAAGUGACGUUUUUUCCUCUUACUUAAAACUGAGUGGCAAAAUUUGGCCUGAGGCAUGUAUACAGUCAAAGGCGCACAUAUUCCCCACCUAGUUCCCUCGCCCCACUUAACUGGAUAAAGUAAAAAACAGUAUUUCCAACUCAAGAAUAAAUGGAAAAAGACCAGGCGUUGUAAGGAGCUUGCAUCCGUUUCUAGGGAACAAAGAGAAACAGUUUGUCCAAUCAGCGAACCCCAUCCAUGGCUGUUAUCCAGUCAGAACUGAUGAGUUAAUGCCAUUCUCCAAGGGAGCCAUCUAGGGGGAUGGGAAAACCCAGGGAAAAUUUGUUUUGUCUUUAAAACUGUAGUCGUGGCCGAGUGGUUAAGGCGAUGGACUAGAAAUCCAUUGGGGUUUCCCCGCGCAGGUUCGAAUCCUGCCGACUACGGACUAUUUGGUGCCCUGGUGCUGCGGUGGUUACAAGUGGUUUCUUGGACACUGUAAGCUGUGCUUCUACUCUGACGUAUAGGGCUUUUGUUCGGUAUGAGUCGGAGCAGAUUUCAUUUGGAAACUCUGGUGGCAUAAUUUGGAAACUCUGGUGGCAUAGUAGUUAAGUGUUACGGCUGCCAACCGAAAGGUCGGCAGUUCGAUUGGCAGUUCGAUUCCAUCAGGGGCUCCUUGGAAACUCUAUGGGGCAGUUCUAUUCUGUCCUAUAGGGUCGCUAUGAGUCAGAAUUGACUCGACGGCAGUGGGUUUUUGUUUGGUUUUUAUUUUUGUGGAUUAUGAAAUAGAUAUCUACAUGGCCUUAAGACAUGUCCUGAGAACAGAACUGCAAUUAUCACUAAAAAAAAGAGAAAAAGUAAAUGAUGGGCUGGGAGGAAACCAGAUUCAUACAAUACCAGCAUAUCCAGGCAUUGGAUUCAGGGGAAAUUAAAAUCUGGCCUAGGAAGAAAAGGCACCUCCCUUUCUUUGAGUAGCAACACGGCCCUCAG